GUUGAUCCGUUACAGUGACGAUCCGAAAGUACGUGUCAGUGCUACCGUUGCACUGAGCGAACUAUUGCCCGAACUUGGCGCGGAGUACUUGGAAAAGGCAGCCGCUGACGUGUUAAGAAUGCUGGAGAGCAAGGACGAUAUUAAUCAGAUUCGAGCCUGCAAAGCCCUUCCCGCCCUAGUCAAGCAUGCUGCGGUAGGGAGCGAGAUCUUGAGCGAAAAAACAUUCCAGCGUGUACUGGACCUUGGAGGAGUCUCUGAAACCGAGUCGUUGACGGUGCAACUUCAUGCAUCACAGACUUUGUCGUUGCUUGCUCGCCGCGAUGGGUAUAGACCAGCUUUGACAGACAAAGCAGCGAAGGGUAUCACUGAUCUUCUCGGCAGCGAGCAUGAAGAAAUCUUGGUAUCGGCCUUACGCAUACUUGCCGCCCUUGUCCAUGAUGAAACUGCACAAAAUAAGGUCCUGGGUCUCAUUCCUGUGCUCAUCAAGCAUUUGAAACAGCACGACUUUUACAUCUCACCGCCGGUGGGCAAUGUCAUAUGUGCAUACGCAACACAUGAAACCUUCCGUCAGAGUUUGCUCAAACCAGAAAGUAGCUUUCUUGAGCUUUUGGUCGACAUGUUAGAACAUCGUUUGACUGAUAUCGAGGAUCCUGCCAUUCAUAUUCUUCGUCAUCUUGCACACCACAUUGAUGUUCAGGAAGCCUUGAUUGGCAAAGGACACAUUAAACACCUCGCGUCAUUGAUGAAAAGUCGAAGACAAGAAACAAGUAAUGGAGCUACUCUUGCAAUGUUAUCGAUUCUCCCGCAUCCAUUCAUACGAUUUAGGGCAAUCGAGGAGGGUGUUGUUGAGACAAAAGCUAUGUUUGAGCUAUCCGCAUCUACCUACAUCGUCGGCACUUUCAAACGAGGAUCAUUCAACGGGACGGUCGAGAAUGAACCCGGCAAAGUCGUGCUCGGACGUCUUAUGCACAACGAUGACCUGAGGGCAGCUGUUCUCAAAGCCCACACAACAGCGGCCCUUUGUGCCAUGUUCAGAAAGGGUAAAACGGAGCUGAAUCAUGCGGCAUUUGACUUCCUGGAUAUCAUGUCCAACUAUCCCGAUGGAAAAGAGUUGAUUAAAGAUUCCAAGGUUCCCAUGUUCCGCGCCAUAGUAGCGGCCUUGGACCAGCAGAACUGGGACUCACAAAAGAACGCUGCAAUGGCACUCCACAACCUUUUCGGGGUUCGAGAUUCUUCUGAAAAAGCCUUGAGCUUUGUCGUGGAAGAGUUUCAAUCGGUUAUCUUGGAAGGAAUUCCGGACAUACUGAAAUUGUUGGUGUAUGAUCGGUCUUACCGUGUUGUUGGCGGUGCAGUGGCUCUCCUUGCACUAUCUGAAGAUGGAACUGUACGGGCUCGUGUGCGAGAGCAUGCAGAUUUUAGAUUCGUUAGAAACCAGUAUUUCUCAAAGAGCAUGAAACUACAGUAUCAUGGCUCAGACCCACGGGAAGAGGAUGUCCACAAGAUACUUGACAAAUUAUUUGCGGUCAUGGAGGAAAACACUCGCCAUCGGGGUGCCUUAAGGUUCCCAGAAGUGCACCCAAUACCUAGCCGCAGUGUCUUGGUCACUUCCCUCGCGAUCCUAUCUUGCGUCUUCUAUAUUCCUUGCGGCCUUACAGCUAUGCUGGCUGGAUUGGCAAUCGAUAAGACAGAAACGUCGCCCAACGCGCUCAAUCCCAGGCUAAGCGCUUCAUAGGAGAAUUAAAGAGUUACAGUGUGCAAUGCGAGCAGCAGAGACUAUUUAUUACAGUGUCUUGGUAACGAUUGGAACAUGAUAAUCAAGUACGUUUCUUCUCGGCUGCCUUGCGUUUGGCCUCUAUCUCUGCGGCCUUUGCUGCGGGAUAGUGAGUAUCAUUGCGGAUGACUUGUGUGGACAUUGUAGCGAACCUUCAGCUUCAGCCUUCCUCUUGGCUUGAGCAGCCUCGCGCUCCUCUUUGAUCUUUCGGAGACGAGCGAGAUCAGACUUUGCUUCAUCGGUCUUGCCAGCAAGAUGUAGCUAGAGUCAAA